UCAAAGAUAUUUUUGGUGUUCUGGAAAGAGAUGAUGUCUUUAAAGGUUCAGUGGGAGAAUCAGCAGUGGAAGUAUUGUAUUAUAUUGUUCGUAUGCUAUAAGCCACCAAAAAGUAGGCAGGAAAUGGAAUAAAUUUUCAAGGGCAUUGCAGAAAGAUGCUAGAGCUUUUAAGACAAGAACACCCAUAAAGGACAGAAAGUUUCUGCAAUGGGUGAUAAAUCCAUGUACAAAUUACAUUUGCAGAAAAGGCCAUUUUAAACCUGAUGUGAUCUGUCCAGUCUCCACAUCUACAUGCUGUAGCCUCCAUUCAAACAAAAUGGAGCAUUAAAAAUAUCCACUACAGAAGCUCCGAGAAGAUUUUGAAGAUGUAACUGAUAAUCACAAUGUACUUAAAUGCACUGGAACUGAUGAUUUGGAAAUAAUCUGUUCAAUAGCCAGAAUGUUAUGUAAUACAGCUCAGUGCAGCAAAACAAUUACUUAGUUUCUUUGAUAUCUGUUUUUUUGAGAAAAAGUUUAACUUUUUUUUUAGAUUUUCAGAAAUGUUAAGAUUUUUAAUAUAGUCAACAGAAAAAUCCUCUUCCCAUCUUCUAACAAAUGGCUAAUUUGCUUUGUUUGAGAACUCUAAUUUUGUCCACCUACUAAACCAAGCCCUAAAGUGCUUGUGAGACUCCAAAACAGGUGAUUUUUCUAUCAAUUUUUUUCUUGUACUCAACAUAUACUCGUGGAUAUAGUUAACAUUUGGAGCAUGUCAUCAUGGCUAGAUUUCGGAGAAAAAUGUGGAUCACUUUACUGCUCUUUCUUUUAUUUGUUUUUGGUGUCAUGAUGGGCUUGAAGACCCUGAGACCUGAAGGCGUUGGGUUUGUAGAUGGUGUAGGACUUGAAUUACUGCCACAUCUUCGACAUCGAGCUGCAGUCAGUAACCGGAGAGCAAAUAUGCCCAAUACUGAAAAGUCAGCAGAAAGUGGAACUCUUCCUCGUAAUUCAAAAAUGGAAGGACAACGGAGCAUGACACACAGUCCUACAUCUGAUGGAAAACUUGACCAUUUUCCUGAAGUGAAUUACGAUUUACAUGCAUUUUAUUACUCGUGGUAUGGAAAUCAACAGUUUGAUGGUAAAUACAUACACUGGAAUCAUCCACUGGUUCCCCACUGGGAUCCUAAAAUAGCAAGCAGUUAUCCCAAAGGAAGGCAUAAUCCUCCUGAAGACAUUAGUUCCAAUUUCUAUCCUGAGUUAGGAGCUUAUAGUUCCAGGGAUCCAGUAGUCCUCGAUGAACACAUGAAGCAAUUUCGAGCAGCUGCAAUAGGUGUGUUGGCCCUGUCCUGGUAUCCACCUGGAUUGUCUGAUGAUAAUGGUGAGCCCACAGAAGAUCUCGUGCCGGCCAUACUGGAAGCUGCACAUAAAUAUCAGUUAAAGGUCACCUUCCACAUUGAGCCAUAUGAAGGAAGGGAAAAUACUUUGCACCGUAAUUUGAAAUACAUCAUUGACAAUUAUGGAUCCCACCCAGCAUUUUAUAGACACAAAACGAACACAGGAAGAACCCUUCCAAUGUUUUACAUUUAUGAUUCAUAUAUAACAAGCCCAGGGUCUUGGGCCAACCUUUUCUCUGUGUCAGGAUCAAAUUCUGUUCGAAACACUCAAUAUGACGCACUAUUCAUUGCCCUAAUUGUUGAAGAAAAACAUAAAAAUGAAAUUCUUCAGGCUGGAUUUGAUGGCAUGUAUACAUACUUUGCAACAAAUGGAUUUUCCCAUGGUUCUUCUCAUCAAAACUGGCAAGCAAUAAAAGAUUUCUGUGACAGCAAUAACCUUAUGUUUAUCCCAAGUGUAGGGCCUGGGUAUAUAGACACCAGCAUUAGAGCUUGGAACAAUCAUAAUACAAGGAACCGAGUCAAUGGCAAGUAUUAUGAGACUGCUUUAAGUACUGCCCUUCUAGUUCGUCCAGAAAUAAUCACUAUAACGUCAUUUAAUGAGUGGCAUGAAGGAACUCAGAUUGAAAAGGCUAUACCCAAGAAGUCAAGUCAGUUAGUUUACCUGGACUAUUUGCCUCAUAAGCCAGACAUGUACCUAGAGUUAACUCGUAAAUGGGCAGAAAAGUUUCGCAAAGAGAAAGAACAGUGGUUGAUGUGAAUGUUUUCAAUCUUUGUUUAGUAAAGGAAUAAAAUAAUUUUGAGUUGUGCAAUGAAGAACUAAGAAUUUUUUGGGGGGGUUUAGGCUGGUGGAAAUGAGGAAGUGAUUGCUAAUUCUUGUAUUUUAAUAGUUUUGGGUGACUUGAAAAUUACAUGAGCUCAGUGAUUAAAAGAAGUCAGUACUCGCGUUGAGUUUAGGAACUACUUAUAUUUUUUUAUGUAGUAUUUCAGAAUAUUCCAGAGUGUAUGACAGACAAGUACUCCAAAGUAGUGCUGUAGAAAGUGCAGGGAUUACUUUGAAUAUAGCAAGUUCCUCCCAAACAGCAGUGUGGUAAUGACCAGGUAGUCUAUUUUGGUAAUUUGAGCAAGGGAAAAGUAUUAACCAGCACAUUGUGGAAAACUCUGCUCUUUACUAGUUCAUGAGAUAUUUUACAAAGGUUCUAUAACAUUAGAUGAAAAAUGGGGUAUUUUUACAAGUCAUUAUACACAAAGUGACAUGUGAAACUUCAUACUAGGUACAAUUUUAUGGAUGCCAGUAGCCCUCCUUUACCUUGUUAGAGUUACCAUUAAUAUACAAUCCUAAUUGAGCAUUUGCAAGCAGUUCAAGCAUUGAAAGCAGCCUGCAGGCACCUUUUCCUAUUAAUGUUCUAAUAAUGAUCACAAGUAGUCACUCCUACUCAGUCACACAGUUACUGGGAGCAAUUGUAGCUCCGGUACCACAGCACAAUCCAAGUAUCCUAGACUUUCCUGUACCAUCUUAUAAUUUGCUAAUACAAUGUGGAGACUUUAUCAGUUGAGCUAUUAGUAACAAUUAAUUAUCAAAUUCCUUGAAUGAUAAACAUUUAAUUUCUUGGUUGUUGUAACACUGAAUACAUUUGGGGGUGAUUAGGCUACAGUUGCACAGCUAAUAUUGGAAAAUUUCAGGAUGUUUUCUGGGAAGGUAAUGGGUAAGAAAAAAAUUCAUUUAACUACAUUUUUUUAUUAUAAUGCAGAUAGUGUCAGUGUUUACUUGUAUUGUUUCUUGUGGACAAUUAUUUAAGAAAAUGUUUGUCUCGUGUUCCAGCUGAACAUGAGUAGAACAGGUGGACAAUGGAAUCAGCGUGCAAAAUUGAAAAGUUCCUUGCAUUUCUUAAGACGUUUCUCAAACUUGAGAAACUGUCAAGUAUGGCAUUAUUUAAACUUCUUGUAUUCUACUGUGAGGCUGAAAUAUAGACUUUUAAAUGGUAGAGCUGCCAAACGUGAAUUCCAGAGAUUAACACUUGAAAUAUUUCUUAUUUUUACUGUACCUGUGGAUUUUCUUCAGUUAUUUGUUGGUUAAGAGUUGAAUGACUGUCAGAUUGUAAGCUGAAUAAUUCAGUGCAAAAUAAUUACAGUUUUUGCACUGUAAAAGCUAUUUAUUUUGUUUUUUUUACAACUUUAAAUAAAAUUCAUUUGGUAAUAGUAAGGAUAAAACAUUUUUAUGAGCACAUAACUUUUUGUAUUAAUCUCAAUGCCCACAUUCUGAAUUACUGAAUAUACACUGGUAAACCAUCCGAAAGAUAAAUUUAGAAUUAUAUCUGUACUAAUGCAUUACCAAUGGACAGCCUUUAAUUGUACUUGAGUGGAACAAGUCCAGUGUUAUUUUUUCGCUUUUUUUUCUGCCAAGUUGCAUUUGGAAAACAUGUUGACCAGAGCAGAAAUGUACUGAACAAAUUUUGUAAUGAUGGUUAAUAUUGAAAGUUUAUGAAAUUCAAGCUUAUGCUUAAUUUUACAUAACCAUAUCAUCUGGUAUUCUAAUUUGUACUCAACAUGUUAGUAUCAGUUAUAAAGAAAGACAGGUUGGAGGCUCAUAGCUCUAUAAAGUGUAAAGUGUGAAAUGCUAAAAGUAGCAGAGCUUCAGAUAUUUGAAGCGGUCAACUAGAUGUUAAGCUAGACUGCUGUGUUGGUUAAAAUUUAACUUUUAUAUUCAAAGGAAAAAUGUUUAUCAACAAGGUAUGUACCAAAGGGAAAAAUACCUUGGGGCCCUUACUCAGUAAAUCUUGUUCAAACAUUUUCAGAGCACAUAUGUCUUGUAUUUAACAUUUCAAUCAUACUUGUAACUCCCAUCAUGUGAAUACAUUUUUUAGACUGACCUGCUACUCGUAUAAUGCAAGACCAAACAAAAGAUUGUAAAAUACUGUGCUAUGUUUAUGAUGCAUGAACUUCUAAAAUUCAAAAAAUAAAAUCCCUACCACUGCAAUUUGACCUUUA